AAUCCAAGUGAGGAUCAGUACAGGUUCAGGUUAUUGUAAUAUCUCUACUUUAGAACACAGUUGAAUUUGGAUAUACUCUGAAAAAAAUAUUUAGGUGUGAAAAAUGGAAUCUGAAUCUUGCUCAUUAGUCAGUGAUCAGAUGCUAUUCUUCAACCAAUCGGGAAAACAUUUUUUUUUCAAUGUUGGAAAGAACCCCCUUGAUUUUUAAUAUCCCCUGACUAGAGCUCGGAUUUGCGCCAAAAAUCUGCGGCAGAAGAAAAUGUUUUUUUCCUCUUUGGUCCCAUUUUAUAUCCUUCUAUGUUGCUCCUAGCCUAAUCCUAGCUAGUGCUAAUCCACUUCAUCUCUCAGGUACACCAUCCCAAAUUUGAAAACUCCCUUUCAUUUUUUGCUAACAUGACGUUAGCCGGCCAACUUCAAGGCACUAGCUGGCCAAAUAAUCCCGUCGCUGGACCGCGUUUGUCUGCCAAAUAUUCACAUUGCGAGGACGGCAUUAGCCGGCCAAAUAUUCACACUAAUAUUUCCAGACGAACGUACGUGGCGUUCACGUAGGUGUAGUCCCCAUGCAGAUACAGUAGGUCAAACAUUUCGCUCUGACAACAAUGAUGCGCUCUGAUUUAAUUUGGAAAAAUGUGAUUUGGCAUUGUUUUCAAUCGUCAAUUCACGACUCCAUUCAACUCGCCACCGAUUCGUGCACAGCCUGUAACCAAUUGUUUUAGGGAUCAACAUGUCUUCAGUACGGAAACAGUUUCCAGUUCGUUGCCACGUGUCAGAUCCAGGCAAGAACGAUUUUAAUUUGUUAUCUUCUUGGAUGACGGUCAAUUUAUCUGAUUGUCAAAGACUGAAGCUGUGCUGGAGCAGGUUUCUGAUUGUUAGUCCCUCCUCAGCCACGACCCAGUUAUCCGCCACGACGCUUUAAACGUUCAGGAACGAUCGUUUUCGAUCUUGUAAGAACCCUAUUGAGGAGUGCAGACAUAUUGAGUGGGCUGUGUCGUGGUCCUCAGCAUUGCUGAUAUUCUUAGCAUUGUCCGUGUCAAUGCGCAUAAACUUUCGGUGUUGGGAGUUACUUGAAACGUUGUCUAUAAAGACAUUGUAAAGCUAGCUAACGAAAGCCUGACGCAAGUUUUACCUUCUUUUUUUUUAUUUGUUUGUUUGUUUUUUGUUGGUGUGAUUUUUCAGAAAACACUUCCACGACGUUUUGUUCAACUGUAUGUUUACUUGUUGAUGCAUUCACUUCCUGUCAGCUCCCCGCUAACAGUGCUAAUGUGUGUGUGCGCUACAGGAUGUCUUUGUUUCUUUGAAUAAACUUAAGGAAAACAUUUGAGCGAGGUGGGAUGUCUUUGUUUGAAAUAUUUUGUACACUGGAUUCUUAAAACAUUCGCAUUUAUUCCAUUUUCCUUGUAAUGUGACAUAUGUGUCGUUCUAGAAAUGACCUGCCACCACGCCUGCCUUGUGCUGUGUGAUUUUGUGGAGUACAAAGUGUGUGUUCGGGAAACCUUGGAAUUUACCUUCUUGUGCGACCUUAAAACAAAACACUAUCAGGAAGCUGACUGAAUAGUCUGACUUGCGAUGGGGACCCUCACUCAGGGAAGUCCGAAGCGGUCGCCAUGGUGGCUUGAAAGCCAUCCGCUGUCCCACCGCGUUGGACGCUUCUGCAACCCGCGGCCAUGUCGGCCAUCUUGGCGUUGAUGAUGCUAGCCGUUGAGUUGGCUCACGGAUGGAGAUUCCCGCUCCCGCCGAUGCUUGUGAAGGACGGCUGCUUCGUGGUGGCGGCUGAGUUGGAUCUCUUCCGUCUGGAGGGGGAGGCGGUCACCGUGUCUUUUCCCUACUUCCGGAAGGCACUCAAAGUACGACGCAUUGAGCCACCAGACGCCUCCUUACGCAUCUCGAAGGGUAACCGCACCCACGAUGCCGGAGAGGGCCGAGUCCGGCUUCUCGGCCCGGAAUUGUGGCUCCUUCCGGCCUGGCGCUCGGACUCUGGCGAGUACACCUGCACUUUCAGAAACGCGACAUACUGCAUCCAAGGUAGCGUGACGCUGCGGGUGUACGCCGCAUUAGCAGUGGGCGUGGACAACCUUUCAUACGAGUACAACGCCACGCUGGGAGAAAACGUGACGCUCAGAUGUCCCGUGAAGAAACGAUUGUCCCACACUCGUGUCCAGUGGUACAAGGAGGACUCCAGCGCCAUUGGCCUCCAGGCCCACAGGCGGCGCUCCCUCCGGGGAGACGCAGGAAAACUGCGGAUCCCGGAAGCGCAGUAUUCCGACAGUGGUUUGUACACGUGCCGGCUGAGCGUUCUGGUCGACCGCAGCGAGUUCCCGCUCACUCGUACCUUCCGACUCCUCGUCAAAGAGCCCGAGUUACCCACGGCGCUAACACCACCGCCACCGUUGAUCAUCACGCCGUUGAACGGAAGCGUCCACGAGGCCUCACACGGUUCGGAACUGGAGGUCAAGUGCACGGCGCUGACGGCGUGCGAGUCCGAGCGCCAGAUGGCCGUGUGGUGGUCGGCGGACGGCGUUCAGGUGGACGCAUCGCGCCUGAACGGACGAGUGUUACAGGGCGUGAGGAGGGAAAGCCGGGUGGAGUCGGGUUGCCUGGUGGAGGUCAGCCUGCUGGUCGCGGCGAUGACGGAACAAGAGGAAGGGGCGGAGCUAACCUGCGUGGCUCAAAAUCAGGACGGGAGACGGGAAGUGACAAUCACGCUCCACGUGGAGGACUCGAGCAUGACGUGGCUUGUGGUGGCCUGUGUGUCCACUUCCUGUUUCCUGGCGGUGCUCUCUGUCUUCCUCUACGUUUUGCUCAUCAAGCCCAAACUCAAGAAGAAGACGAAGAAGAACGCCAAUUACUUCCUGGCGCGCCAGGACAGCGCCUUCUAGUGGACGAUGCACUUCUUGCUUUGGCCAGCAGAUAGCAGCAGCACCCACGACUCUGUCGUGUCACGCAAACUGCCAGACUUGAACAGUUGUCUCUCUCUCUCACACACGCACACACGCACACACG